AAUAAAUUAUUUUCUAAUUGACGUGUUUGUCAGUUUGUCUACGUUGCCUUGUCAGUUUCAGUUUGUGACAAAAAAAGUUACAAGAACUUUUUUCAAAAGAAAAUGGAUUUCUUUACUUCUAUCCCCACACAUAUAGAUUACGUUGGACAAGCUAAGGCUGAAAAACUAUACAGAGCUAUUAUCACAUUGUUCAGCAUCGUCGGUUUUAUUUGGGGUUAUAUUGUUCAACAAUUUUCUCAAUCAGUCUACAUUUUGGGUGCUGGCUUUAUACUUGCUGCUAUUCUAACAUUACCUCCGUGGCCGAUGUACCGGAGGAAUCCUCUCAAUUGGCAAAAUCCUAGGAAUACUGAAGAAAAAUCCUCGAGCAAGAAGGGAAAGAAGUAAUAUGGGAGCAUUUACAUGACGUGUCGUUUUAUUAUUUUGUUUCUAAUAAAUAAUUGGUUUUAAGGUAAAA